CCUUAUCUUUUUCAGUGCCUCAGUUCCUUCCAUCUUUCUUCACCUUUCCCCUCCUCUCUACUAUCGACUAUUCACUAGAGAUCACGAUCAAUGGCCGGACUGUUUGCCACUCUUGCCAUCAGGAAGGCACUGGACAAGCUCUCCUCCAUCCUGCCAGCAAGAAGCCUAUUGGCAUCCUCCUCGUCGGCAGCUGCUAUGGUGAGGCAAGGGCAGGAGCAAGAUCUGGAGGACCUCCGGAUGCUGGAGCGGACGAUGCACAGGAUUCACGCGACUCUGAAGGACGCGGAGCAGCACUGGGACAUCCGUGAUGAAAGCGCCAAGCUGCGGCUCAAGGAGCUCAAGGAGCUAGCGUAUGACGCGGAGGACGUGGUGGACGAGUACGAGUACGAGGUGAACCGUUGCAAGGCUGAGGCUCUCCAGCUAUCUGCAAGCGUGGCCAGCCACAAGCGUAAGUGGCAACAGGAGGAAAAUGAGGUCUUGUACCAUAAUACUGGUAUGGUACAUGUUCCAGAAGAGCUGGCUCUUAAAGCAAGGAAACUUAUUAAGAGAUUCCAUGAAAUCCAAUAUUAUUCUGAUAAUUUUACUUUAUCGGAGAAUGAUGGAGAGAGACGGUUUGCUCCUAAUAUUGGUACUCUACCCAAGACUAGCUCUGUUAUAUAUGCACCGAAAAUUAUUGGAAGAGAGCAAGACAAGGACAACAUUGUAGAAAAGUUGUUGUCCAUGACGAGUGACAGUGUAGCUACUCCAGUUUCUAUCUUGGCUAUUGUCGGUAUGGGUGGAUUAGGCAAGACAACAUUGGCACAGCUUGUAUAUAACGACUCAAGGAUAAAGGGUUUUUUUGACAUGCAUGCAUGGGUUUGUGUGUCAGAGCAAUUUGAUCCUACUUACAUAACAAAGAGCAUCAUAAGUUCAUUAGAGAAGGAUAAUUGUGGUCUAUCGGAAGUUUGUAGUCCUCAUGAGACAUUGGCAAAACGAAUAAAGCACAAGAUGGUUUUACUUGUGCUGGAUGAUGUAUGGAAUGAACGAAGAGAUUGCUGGGAUCUGUUGUGCGAACCGAUGAACACAGCAAAGUUAUGUAUGAUUAUAGUAACAACCCGUAGUGAGAGAGUGGCAAAGCUUGUGCAGACAAUGCCUAAUUUCUACAGCCUAAACUGCCUAAGUUCUGAAGAGAGCUGGUCAUUGUUUAAGCAAGUUGCUUUUACUGUUGACAAUGGAAACACUCCAAACCUUCAAGAGAUCGGAAUGUCUAUUGUUAAAAAGUGUAAGGGCUUACCUUUAGCAAUUAAGACACUAGCCAGCAUGUUGUGCUAUGAAACAUGUGAACAGAGAUGGAAAGAUGUCAUAGAAAGCGAGUUGUGGGACUUGGAGCAACCAAGGAAUGAGGUUUUGCCAUCCUUGGAGUUGAGCUACAAGAACAUGCCUAUAUACCUAAAACGAUGUUUUGUUGCCAUCUCUCUAUAUCCAAAAGACUAUAUAUUCGAUAGAAACCAGGUGCUUCAAUUGUGGAAAGUACUAGACCUCCUUCAAAGUGACAGACAUAAUAAUGAGACUGAAAUUGGAAAUAGAUAUCUCGAUGAAUUGGUUGAGCGGUCAUUUCUUCUAUUUCUUCUAACAAAGGUUGAUGGACAUUACUACAAGAAAUACUUAAUGCAUGAUCUUAUUCACGAUCUUGCAUGCUUUCUUUCUGCAGAUGAGUUCUUUAGACUUGAUGAUAGCAGUACAUCCAUUGAAAUUCCACAAAAUGCUCGGUACAUAUCUAUCCAAAAUUUGGCAUCCAGUGAGAUUUCAAUCACACCACUUGCUUUGAGGGCCAUCAUAGUGUUGCCUAGAGCAGAAGUGAACAUUAAUAAUUCAGAAGCAUUAUUUUCUAAGUGUGAAAAGUUACGAGCCCUCGUGUUAGGUGAAGGCUGUCUGGAUCAAAACUUACCUGCCUUAAUGGGAAGGUUGAAAUUACUACGCCAUUUGAAACUUGUCACAAGCUUCUUUAGUCACUCUGAUCCAUGCUGGGACCACGUUGAUGGACUACGUGGAAUUGGGCACCUAAAUAACAUGCUUACUUUGCCUCCAAUUCAUCUGAGAAAUGAUCGAAUAAUAGAGCUAAGGAGCUUGAACAAGCUAAGGGAGUUGAGAAUAGGUGGGUUGGGACUGCACUUGACUAUCGAUGGAGCAAAGGAUGCUAGGCUACAGAGCAAAAGGCACCUACAAUUACUAAGCUUGGAUUUUGGAGAUUGCUGUCCAGAUCACAACCAACAAGUGCAGCUACUUGAGAGCCUGCGACCACAUCGCAACCUCGGAGAAUUGAUAAUAAUGAACUACGAGGGUCUGAAGUAUCCCUAUUGGUUGGGCGAUGCUUCCUUUUCCAACUUGUCUCAAAUAGAACUCGGUUAUUCUCACAUUCAGUACCUUCCAACGCUCGGUGAUCUUCCGUCCCUCGUGUCCCUCCAUAUCCAUGACAUGAUGAUUGUCGAGCGAAUUGGCUGGGAGUUUUGCAGCCAUUUUCAUGGUGUUAAGGGAUUCCCAUCAUUGACACAGUUGAGAUUCAAUUGGAUGCAUAAGUGGUCAGAAUGGUCUGGAAUUGUUGACGGUGGAUUUCCACGCCUGCGCACUCUUUCGAUCUGCCAUGCCCACAGUCUAAGGCUUGAUAACAUUGAAUCAUUUCCGUUCAGAUCCUUGAUAACUCUCGAACUGGACAAAUGCUGCUGCAUCACAACCAUUCCUGCAUCGACUUCACUACGCACGCUGCGCAUUGAUCGGCGGAGCUUUGACUUGCGCAGAAGCUCAACUGAUGGUCCGCGGCUGAAUCGCCUCCCGUCCUUGGAGUGUUUAACAGUCAUCUGCCAUGACACCACAAGCAUCCUUCUUCAGCCACAGCACCUGCCUUCACUCAAGAAGCUCAACUUGAGCUGCGAAAAACUGCAGUACUGCGAUGGACUUUCAGGCCUCACUUCCCUCUCGGUGCUCAAGCCUUGGGGAUGCCCAAAGCUCCCAAUUCAUAGUUUGAUCCCACAGCUGCAGCUACAGACUCUGGAUGUUCGUUGCUCACCAGCUUACAAUUUCAGGCACUUUGAUUGUUAAGAAUAUUUGAUGGCCAGGAUAUGUUAUCGGACUGCUAGCUUAUACGGUCACAGGAAUGGAAGCACUACGAGACUUCAGUGAAACCUCAACUUUGCGGUGUUCAUUUUCUGACCUCAGGGAAGGCAUUGGGUUUUGGGCUCUUCCCUAUCCUGAUCUCUGAUCGGUGUGCUUGAAGCCUAACACUGCAAUUCAGGCUUGGUUUCAGAGUUUCCGACCAACACGCCAUGUUUUGAGGUUGUUUUAUUUUCCUUGUAUUAAUUCCAAAUGGUGCAAUGCAUUAGUAGUUGGGUCGAUCUCAUUUUAUCAUGUAUUCAGCCGUAUGUCUGAUACAGAUCGUACAGCAUGAGUUGCAUUUUCGUAAAAUUUUCAGCAGCGAGUUGUCACCGACUCCGUACCUUAAAUAUUCAGAAGAUUCGAGAUUGUAAUGUAAUUUUCAUUGUGGGAGAAGUGUUUUGUUAGGAAUCGAGUGGGCUGCCAAUGGGCCUGUACAACCAUUCAUUCAAGCUGGCCCAAGCAAACCCAAGGUAAAGAACAAAAGCAACAGCAUCGGUUCUUUCAGGGGAGGAAAAACACAGAAAGGGGCAGGACGGCGACCAGCCUGAGCGGCUUGGCGAUCGGCGGCGGCUUGGAUCCGGGCUAGAUCCUCGUCGAGUAUCUAUUCCCUCCUCCACCUCCCAUUUCCCUAGCUUCUAGAACCUUCCAGAACCCCUGUAUUUCCUCGUCUUCCACCUCCAAAAACAGCACUGUUGACUGGAUAGUUGUUCGUGGUGAAAUUCUUGUUGUUUGGUGAUUUGGUUGCUAAAAAUAUGGUAUCAGAGCCGCUGAUCCAUGGGAUUUCAAGCAUGGAGGCAAUGGGGAAGUACCGCUGCGGCGUCCCGUGCAGUUGGUCAUUGGAUUUGGGCAAGGCUACUGCUCAUGGCACCAACGCCCACAACCUGUUCGGUGAAAUGUCAAGCCAAGGAGAGGUGUCCCAAGAAGAUCUCAAGAUAUCUAAGGCCGUCCCCAUCAAUUCCCCCAUGAACAAAGAGGAGAAAAUGAUGGAUGAAGCUCUGGAUCAGAUAUUGGAGAAGCUUGAACAAAUGAAGACCAAGCGUAGGUGCAAUGAGAAGAUUGAUCAGAUUUUGGAGAAGUUUGACGAGAUAGAAGCUAAUAGGCGCAAAUCAUUCGAGGAGACAACUAACAUCAUCAAGGCGACAACCUCCAUCUUCAAUUCUGCAUCAUCUUCAACACCCCCGACCUCGCCUACUCCAGUGCUCGCCAAGUGUUCGUGGGCGUGUUCCAACAGUGCCAGUGCGUACACGACAACAAGUGCAAGCCACAACAUCGAUGUUCCUACUCCGACAGUCGCCAUGGGCUUGCAGGUGAGUUUGAACCAUGGCAUUGGUACUACAACAGUGACGCCCACCAAGUGCUUGGUAAAUUGCUUCGACAAUGACACCGGUGUGAAUCAUGCCAUUCUUGAGGAGUCGUUUGCUAGUACCACUGCUGCAGCCACCAUGGAGACAGUGGUUAGCGAGGACAAGGCCUGCUCUAUUUUCAUCAAUACUACUGACCUCACCAAGGUUAUGCAUUCAAGGUGUACGACAAUCAGCCUCAAAGACAACAUCGGUACUAUUCAGGCCGAGGUUGCAUUCCCCUUUCCGUUUCACACACUGAACAUGAUUGCAGCACCAAAGGAGCCCAUGCUAGUCAUGGCAGAAAAGCUGGAUUCCAUUUUCUGCAUAAAAUUGGUGAUGCCCAACGGGUGUUUGAUGAAAUGCCUCAAAAGUGACAAGAGGCUGCUGGCGGGGCUUCCCAAGAGAAAACCUUGGCCACUUCCUUGGUCAGGUGGUGUGGUUAGAGGAGGGAAUGUGUGGCAUGUUCCAUGGUCUGCAUUUGAUUCCGUUUAGACAAGUGUAUGUCUAAUACCACCAUGGCCACCGCCAAUUAGACUUAAGCAAUGCAGGUCCUGGAAAAUUGGAGUGGCAAUUAGUCUGUUUGCUUGGAAGGCACAGUGGGAUUUUGUUAGUUACAGGAGCUGCACCGUUGUUGAAAUUUCUAGAAUGCAUGAGCUUGCCUUGUUGGUGCUAUUAACUCAAGACCCAAGUGAUGAUAAAAGAGAUGACUUGCUACCGGCAUCCAAAAAUCCAUUCACCUCCUAUAUGAUGGCACAAUAUUUUGAGGUUAUUGAAAGCAGGCUUAUUAGUGAUAUAAGCCACUUGGAUGGCAACAAUGUUCAGGAUACUUGGGACUGCAAGGGAAUUCUAGUUAUACUAGAAGAUGGUACCAGCAAAUGGAGAAUGCAAGGGAUCAAGCCAAGUGCAAGCAAGAAUAUAAUUUCAGCAUGGAAGAAUGUUUUUAUUCCAACCAUCAGAUCAGUCUUGGAAGGUGACAAGCAAUUCUGCAUUUACAAGCCAAAUAUUAGCACUUAUUUGCUAUGUCAUGUUGCUAUGCCAACUAUUCUUGGAAGGCUGAAAACAAGAGGCACAAUUGUUAAGCUUGUGGUAAAAUAUGAGCACUGUGAAGAAGGCAUACUAAGCUGGAGUGGAAUAUUGUCAUUACUCAUUACAAGGAAGGGCAAUAGUGAUGGGAAUGACCUGAUCAUUUUGAUUAUCCAAGAGCUAUAAGUGCCAUGGGAUCCGGGUGGUUUGCAUUUUCAGAAUUUUAAUUGCCAUCGACUUGCGGACAAGUCGAAUUUUAAGAAGAGGGGAUUGUUAGGAAUCGAGUGGGCUGCCAAUGGGCCUGUACAACCAUUCAUUCAAGCUGGCCCAAGCAAACCCAAGGUAAAGAACAAAAGCAACAGCAUCGGUUCUUUCAGGGGAGGAAAAACACAGAAAGGGGCAGGACGGCGACCAACCUAAGCGGCUUGGCGAUCGGCGGCGGCGGCGGCUUGGAUCCGGGCUAGAUCCUCGUCGAGUAUCUAUUCCCUCCUCCACCUCCCAUUUCCCUAGCUUCUAGAACCUUCUAGAACCCCUGUAUUUCAUCAUCUUCCACCUCCAAAAACAGCACUGUUGACUGGAUAGUUGUUCGUGGUGAAAUUCUUGUUGUUUGUUGAUUUGGCUGCUAGCACGUUUCCCCAAAUUCAGAAAUGAAGCCAUCAGAAGUUAAGCUCGCGUUUCCAAGUUUACCUCUGAUGCUCCUUCCCUUCACUAGUCAGGAAAUUGUUCUGUACGAUUCAAGGAACAUAAUUUUACAGAACUAUCAUUAUCUUAGCGACUUCAGAGUACAAGUAUUGCAGCAAUGGCAACACCGGCAGCAAGCGCCACCACCAUGGACGACGAACAGCCGGCUGCCGGCGGCGCGGCGGAGAGCGGCUCGUAGUACGACGCCGGCACCGGCGGGAGGCCGCGGCCGCGCGCGACGGCGAGCUCGAACCGCAUCCCCUUCCGGCAAUGCUCGCCUCCCCCGGCGUCGGAGAAGAAGUAGUUGGCGCCCUCCGCCGUCAGCAUCACCGUCAAGAACGCCUCCUCCGUCUUCCACCCGCCGCCGCUGCAUCCGGCCGCCGCCGCCGCGCCGCCAUCGCCGCAGAGCUUGUAGACGGUGGCGUUGGUGGUGUGCACCACCGUGUUAUCCGUGUUGGUGCUGAAACCUGCAACGAGAACACACGGAUUUCGCGUGAAUUUCAAGCGAAUCAGCCAAAACUUUCUGAAAAUUUUUGAACUUACUGAGGUAGUCGCCGAGGUAGAAGGUGCGGUUGGCAGCCCAAGCGGAGUAGUUGGCGACCGAAGCAUUCGCAUUGCCGUCAAAGAACCAGCCGGCGCCCUCGCCGACGGUGUGGUUGGCACCGAACGGCGGCGGCGGCGCCGUCGUGUUCCGGCCAUGGCUGGUCGUCGCCGUCGCAUUGCUCGGAGCCGGAGUCGCCGAAGCCAUGCUGAAAACGGCAGCAAGUUGUACUGCUACUACUAUGGACAUUGUGAUCACAAUUGUCAACGGUGUAUACAGCAUCCAGGUGAGAGUCGGUGCUGGCUCUUGGGUGGAUACAGACAUGCAAUGCAGCCACCUGAGCACUGGGAAUGUGUAACCAAGUAUGGUCGGUGAGACGGUGACCGGAUCUAUCUAUGGAGAAUAGUUUAGUACAGACCAUAUACUGUUUGACUAAACUGAACUGCCUAGGUUGCUGGUACAAAUCAUUGAUAAUCAUGUUCAGGUUUUUCAGAUCACCUUCAGAUUAACUCCUGUGUGAGUAAUCUGGGUGAUAAUCAUUUAUUACAUUUUGUAUCUGCUCUGGUCUCCGGCGAUUUGCCUGGAGAAGCUGGUUAAUAAAUCAGCUUGUUACCGUGUCAAAAAAAAAAAAAAACUCCUGCGUGAGUAAUGAGAUUGAUCAUUCAUAAAACUUGGACACUGAAUAUUUCUGCUGCAGACUGCAGAUUUCAGAGAACAUGACAGAAACAUCUCCUGGUGGGAUGUGAAAUGGAGGAAAAAUGUUUCCUAUAUUGGAGCAAUAUCAAAGCGAAUUUUGUCCACAUAAUGUUAUACAAUUAUAUUGUAAGCAUUAGUACCAGAUCUAAACACCUAAGAAUAUAUUCUAUACACACUAGAUCUAUGACGUAUAGUUAACUACAGACCAUAUUGCUUGACUAAACUAAACUGCCUAGGUAGCAGGUACAAAGCUUUGAUAAUCAUGUUCAGGCUUUCAGAUUAACUUGUGGUGCAGACUUCAGAGAAAAUUCAGAUCACCUUCAGAUUAACUUGUGCAGAAUUCAGAUAAAAUGAUAGAAACAUGUGUCUCAGUAGAUUGUGAAUUGGAGGAAAUUCUUAUCUGCUGCUGACACUGAAGCAUACCAAAGCGAUUUCUAUUCAUACAUUGUAAUUAUUACAUUUGAAUCAUUAGUACCGGAUUUAUAUACACCAAUAAUAUAAUAUAUUCUGCUAGAAGCAGCAGUAUUACUGCUACAUAAUCAUUAAAAUUGUAACCAUUAGUAUACCAGAUUUACAUACACUGAAGAAUAUAUUGUUCUGCUAUAAGCCUAUGGCACUAUCAUGUGACUAUACAUCUAUACUAUGUCACCUAGAUUAUCAUUUGGAUCUGUUCAAAUGUCUGGAAUGUUGAUAUAGGCCACACUGCCAAUCUCCAUGCCUGUGAUGUGAAAUCAGUGAAGUUUCGGUAUACUUCAGAUGAAAAAUUCAUAUCCGAGUUGAACCCUUAAAGAAAUGCUUACGAUUCAAGAAGAGCAUUUGUGAUCGGCAGCUGUGCUUGU